AUGCAAUCAACCACUGCUUGCUCUACAAAAAAGAAAAUUUCAAUAUCUAAUGUUGGUGAACUUCUCGUUAUGUCCAUCAAAGCGAAACGAUGGUGUUUUAGUCACUAUAGCAACAUACACAUUACAAUCAGCACUACUUUGAUGGCUAUCGUAACUACACGUCCGACAAAAAGAGCGAAAGAGAGAAUGGUCGGCAUGAGAGCAUGGAAAUUAUUUUUAAACCAAACAACCUCGUCGCUGUGUCAUCAAGAAUCGGGUAGAUCUUACUAUGUAAGAAGUGUCACAGUGACGAACGGAUUGGUCAGACAAAUUGUCACUAAACAGGAUGUAGAACAUGUAAAUUUGAUGAAAGAUUCAGCACAGGUUCACCACAAGUUCUCUUUCGCUCUUUCCAUUCAACUUGACUCAGAAAUGGGUGGAGCACGAAUAACGUAA